AUGCCUGCUACGGAUAAGCCUGCUAGGGAUAUGCCUGCUACGUUUCCUUGGCAAGUGUCUCUAACGGUCAGGGAGCAAAACGGCUGUGGUGCGUCUGUUGUAAAUGAGAACUGGAUCCUGACAGCUGCACAUUGCUGUAGAUAUUACCCGUAUGUUGAACUUGUGGCACUCUUUGGGAAGCACAACAUACGACAGUUAGAAGAACCACAGGAAGCGAGGACUUUUGAAAAGGUUAUUAUACAUGACAAAUUUGCACUAACCGACAACGAAUUGCGUGCGGAGUACGACUAUUGUCUGGUGCGGUUAUCAGAACCGUUGAACUUCACGGAGUACAUCGGUCCUGUGUGUCUACCAGAACCCGAGGAAGAUUACACCGGCGCCAUGUGCACUACAAGCGGUUGGGGUCGUGUUACGAAUGGUGGAUAUACUCCUGACAUUCUGCAGAAAGUAGACCUACCCAUUUGGACUAACGAAGAGUGCGCGCUGGCUUACGCAGAACAUCAGCUGAAUAUUACGAUGACAUGGUCUGUGCUGGCUAUAAAGAAGGAAGGAAGGGCACCUGUCAUGGUGACUCUGGAGGUCCAUUGGUCUGCCAAAGAGAAGACGGAAGUUGGGUUCAAGUUGGUAUAACCUCGUGGGAGGCGACCAAAGAGACCUCUGCGCUUUGCCCAACGAACCAUCUGUAUUUGCGCGCGUCAGUUACGUUCUGGAUUGGAUUCAUUCUACGAUUCGUGAAAACAGUCUGUGAAGGAACACGUGAGCCAACUUGCCAACCGCUCUAAGUCUUCAUUAAAAGAAAGUUACAACACUGG